AUGGUGCUGAGCGCACGCCGGGCCGCUCCCCGGCGGCGCUGGGUGGGCGCGAGGUCCGAGGGCGGCCGGGAGCUUUCCUUCCAAGGCGGCGAGGAGAGCAGGGUGAACACCCAAAACCAGAGCCAGACCCGCAAAGUGCCAACACUUGCAGAAGUCUCAACUCCGGGGGCUCCCGGGGCCGGGGCCGAGGUCCUGGAUCCUCCCACCCAGUCGCCAGCCCCGCUCGGAGCUGGAGCGGCUGCAAGAGGGAGCGGAGGGCGGACCCGAGCCGCCGGCGCCGCGGUGGCCGGGGCCGCGGCCGCGCUUGUCCCGCCCGCCGCCUCUCAGCCAGCAGCCGAGCCAGCCCCCGGGCGGCGGCGCGCCAAUGGCCGAGCCCGCGCCGGCUGCGCGCGGGGCUCCUGCUCCCCGACUGACUGGCAGUGCCCCGCAGCGCCCGGCCCCGCCGGCCCUACGGGUCCGCGCCCGGCGCUGAGAGGCAGCGGCGCCUCGGGGGGAGCCGGGCGGGGGGCGGCCGCGGGGGCGGUGUCACCGCGCGGAGAGCGGCUGCCGGGAGGUGCCUCGUGCUCCCUCCCGCUCGCGUCCCGCCCCGCCGCGGCUUGGGUUUCGAGGCCGGCUUCCGGGAGGGUGACCGCGCAGGGGCCGCGCGGCGGCCAGAAGUUUGUCCCGGGUCACAGGCCGCCAGGAGUUGGCGAACGAGGCUGGCGGGACGGCGGCCUUGCGGCCCCGCGGGCGGACGAGGCGGCUCCAAUCCCGGCGCCGGAUGGCAGUGUCCGCAGCGGGGCCGGCAGUCGCAAAGCCGCUCUCCCCCGCGGCUUUGGGCAGGGCGAGCCGGUAGAUCGGGAGGCUGCGAGGGGCUGCGAGCUUCUCCGCGCGGCGGGUGCAGAGAAGUUGGCGGACGCCAGAGGAGGGAGCGGCGGCCUCGGGCACCGAGACCCAGCAGCGCGCCAGCCUCCCGACUGGACCACUCGCGCUCCUGCCCCAGGAGCCCUGCACCCGGCGGAGCAGGAAGCGCUCUGCGGCUUCAUUGCGCCCCCGCCGUCCCGGUUGGGCCCCAGCGAGCCGCGGGCGAUACACGGAAGGUGGCGGUCACAGCGGAACGAGAGUUUGGACCUACGUAACCUGUGAUUUGUGUAACUGGCCAAAGCAGCCUUGAGCCCAAAUGGAAGGCCUCUAUUCAAAAUAAAAGGACUGGACUUCUUCUAAGAAAAGGAUGCUGUAGAAAUCCUCCCAAUGAGACAUUUCUUUUCAAAUUUUUUUUUUCAGCAGGGGAGAUUUUUAAAAUCUAUUUUUUAAAUUAUUUUUUGGCUUUUAAAAAUUGUUUAAGAUUUUAUUUUAUUUUAUUUUAUUUUAUUUUAUUUAUUUUGGUCACAGCUGCAACAUGCAGAAGUGCCCAGCCAGGAAUCAAACCCACUCCACAUCAGUGACAACACUAGGUCCUUAAGCUGCUGAGCCACCAGGGAACUCCUGACUUUUUAAAUUUUAAUCCAACCACAUGACACUCCUCUGAGGACUAUAGUGACAUUUGCGUGAUGGCUGCUCAGAGUUAGGGGUGCUGUCCAGCCAGCCCCCAUCAUACAUCUAAAGAUUUCAAAGUUAUUCAUCAAGCUAGCAAGCUACUAUAUACUUUAUACCUUCCUAUCUUGACCAAAGUAACAACAUUGAAAGAUAAGAAAACCUGUAAUUUUCAGAUGGUAAAUGUCAGGAGAAUAUCAAAGACAACUGAAUAUAACACAUGCAUAUCAAAUUUCCUGUUUAUAGUCUGGCUGUAUGGACCAGUAAUAAAAUGAAGACAUACAUAAUUCAUGCAUUAGUAUACAUUUAUUCCAUAAAUUUGAUUUUCCCUUUAUUUUAUUUUUUCUUUUUAUGGCCACACCUGCAGCAUGUGGAAUUUCCUGGGCCAGAGCUUGAAUUGGAGCUGCAGCUGAGGCUACUGUCACAGCCAGAGCAACACCCAAUCCAAGCCACAUCUGUAGCCUACAUACAACACAGCUUGCAGCAACUCGGGAUCCCCAACCUACUGAGCAAGGCUAAGGAUCAAACCCACUUCCUCACAGAGACAAGAUCAGGUCCUUAACCCGCUGAGCCACAAUGAGAACUCCUUCCCUUUAUUUUAGUAAAAUGGCUAAUAUGUUGCUGUAAUUGAGACUGCCACAUAAUUUUUGUUCUAGUGACAGUGACAGUAGUGAUCUGAAGUUACUCUUUUCUGUGUAGAAUAUUUAUAGCCACAUUUCACCCAGUUUUGUUCCUCACUGGUUCUUGUAAGCACUCAGUAGCCUCCUGUGGUUAGUGGCCACUGUACUGAGCAGCACAGCUAUAGAAUAUUUCUGUCAUCACAGAAAGCUCUGUUGGAAAACACUGAUAAAGGGUCAGAAUAGUCUAAUGACGCAACAUUUAAGCAUAUAUUUCGUCAAAAAUGUAAAUUCAAAAUUUUUUAAAAAGAAAAAAUUACUUUCCUAUAGUUGUUGAAAGUUACCUUCUUCCAAAUGGUUGAAAGAUCUCUACUAGAAUUAAAAUUCAAAGUACAAAUUAUCAUUAUGAAAACCAGCGUUGAAAUGAAAAUUAUUCAUAAAAAGCUUAACAUUUUUAUUUAAUAUUUUGAUGUCAGUGAUACCUGAUUAACUUUUAAGGAAAUCUGUCAGCCAUUCCAGGUCUCCAUGUCAGCCUAAUUGUCAAUGUAAAGAAUCAAUAUCAUGUUUCGCAUAGACUGUAACUACACAGCUACCAUUUUUUGUUUGUUUCUUUUGUUUUUUGGCUACUCCAUGGCACGUGGAAGUUCUCAGGCCAGGGCUUGAACCCACGCCACGACAGUGACAACACCAGGUCCUUAACCCACUGAGCCACAAGGGAACUCCAAUAGCUAUCAUUUUAACCAUACUGUUAAUUAUUUAAUUUUGAAAGAUGUUCCUCAAUCACCAGUUUCAAUGACAGGUACCUGCUACUCUUGUGCGUGACUUCUGCCCCAACUGGAACCGAAAAGAAGCAAGAAAAUUGGUGAUUGGAAUGACUAGGAAACGCCCCUCGUCAUUUAAGACUGGUUUCUGCUAUCUGAACAGAAGGGUUUGCUUUCUAAUUGAUUUGACUUUUCUUUGUACUAAGUGCCUUUGAAUGACAUCAUCCACACACACACCUAGGAGUGUCCAUCUGCCAUGUCACACUGGCAGGCACACUCCCCAAACCUUCACAGUGCCCUCCCAAGGCCAGAGGACAAAAGCCAGGCUAAAGCACUUCUGUGGAGCCUGAACAGAGUUGGUUUGGGAUUACUUUUUUUUUUUCUUUUUCUUUUUUGGCUGCCCCUCAGCACAUGGCGUUUCCAGGCCUAGGAUCAGAUCUGAGCUGAAGUUUCAACCUACCCUGCAGCUAUGGCAAUGAUGGAUCCUUAACCCACUGUGCCCGGCCAGGGAUCAAACCUGUGUUUUGGCACCGCAGAGACGCUGCUGAUCCCAUUGUGCCACCAGGAACUCCUAGGGUUAUGUUUUAUGGUCUCUUAACACAAGAUCCCUAGGGACCCUGAUGACCAGGUGCCUCUUAGUAAAUUUAUUUUUAUAGGUUAGACUCAGGGCCCAGGCCCAGGGUAUCUGGGCAGAACAGCCCACUGUCUCUGUGAAGUGAUGGUGCUUUGGCAUCAGCAUCUCUAUUUGUGAUACUUAUCCCAACCCCAAUGAAAGACAAAAUGUAAGUUAAAAAAAGAAAGCUGAUCUGACCAUAAUUCACCCUUCCUAUCCUCAAUGUGAGGUUGCCUUUGGCGGCCAACCACAGGCAGAACGUUCCUGAUCCUUCAAAAGUAUCACACACCUGCUGAAAAGCAUAGACAAAAAGAUCAUUUAAAUACCUCCCAGGGUUGUUUAAUUAGGACUAAUGUGACCCAGAAGAAAAGGAAAAGACUGUCAUUGUUUUUGUUAGGGUUUGUCCUCUAGGCUCUGCUGCAAUGAUUAAUUCCCAUUUUUAGAGGCAUGUUGAGAUCCCAGAAGUGUAUUUUGAGAUAAUAAAUGGAAAAUGGAAA